AACAAAAUGAGCGAUCCCCAGGAGAGCAGAAAUCUUUUUUCCCGAAACCUGGUAGAUACGAUCACCAAGGCUGCCCUGGAGCAGAGCAAUGAGCCUUACGUGAAUACAGUUUUCUCGCCCGCUUCCGUCCAAAGCUGCCUGACCCUGGCUUUCAUGGGAGCUUCCGGAUCGACGGCAGAGGAGCUGAGGAAAGGACUGCAACUGGGACCAGGAGAUCGCCAUCACAUAGCCCGCACCUUUGGGGAGUUCUGGCGGACGAACUGCAACUACGGCGACAGAGGACCCGUGCUGAAGUCCGUGAAUCGGUUGUACGUGAACGACACCCUAGAAGUGCAGCCGGAAUUCAACGAGAUUGCCGUGGACUUCUUCCAGUCGAAGGCGGAGGCGGCUAAGUUCGCUGACUCGGAGGGUGCGACCCAGCAGAUCAACGCCUGGGUGGAACAGGAGACGGAGCACAAGAUCAGCAACCUGCUGCAGUCGGACGCCGUGGACAGCGAAACCAGCGCCGUGCUCAUCAACGCCCUGUACUUCAAGGGAAAAUGGCAGAAACCCUUCAUGCCGGAGACCACAUCGAUUGACGCCUUCCACGUGGAUCGGGACCUCCGGGUGGAGGUGAACAUGAUGUACCAGGAGGACAAGUUCAAGUUCGCCGACCUGCCACAGCUGAAGGCUCGGGCCGUGCAGCUGCCCUAUGAAUACUCGAACAUCCACAUGCUUAUCCUGCUGCCCAACGAAGUCUCCGGCCUGCAGGAGCUGGAGCUGCAGCUCAAGGACGUGGAUCUGGCUGAUAUCGAUGCGGCUAUGACCCUGCAGGAUGUGGAGAUUUUCCUGCCCAGGAUGGACAUUGAGUACGACGUGGACCUCAAGCAGAUCCUAAAUCAGCUGGGUAUUGCGGAAGUCUUUACCGACAGUGCCAAACUGGACGGACUUUUCACCUCUCGUACUGGCCAGAAGAUCUCGGCGGCGAAGCACCGUGGCUACAUCAACGUAAACGAGGCGGGAUCAGAGGCAGCAGCCGUCACUUUCAUGAAGAUCGUACCCAUGAUGCUGAACAUGAACAUGAAGCGUUUCAAAGUGGAUCACCCGUUUGUGUUCUACAUUCGCAGCCCGCAGGCCGUGUUUUUUGCCGGCCGAUUCUCGAACCCCAAGUCUGGACCAGAAGAGGAGGGCUCUACGAGGGCAGGUUCCCAAGCCAGCAUGUACAAUGUCCAAGAACAGCAGUCUCGUCUUGGCGCUUUUCGCUCAGUUUACAGAGAUACCUAUCUCGGGGACCAGUUCGUCGGAGGCGGUCAAAUGUAUUACUUGUUCCUAAUUCUGUGGGCCACCUCUGUGGCCUGCCAGGCCUCCGAGGAGAUCUACCAGCUGCUGGCCAAGAGCCACGCCAACCAGAACCUCAUCGUCUCGCCCGUCUCCAUAGAGGCCAUCCUGAGCAUGGUCUACAUGGGUGCUGGGGGUUCCACGGCCCGGGAGCUACAGAGUGCGCUGCGACUGCCAUCCGAGGACAAACAGGCGGUGGCCACCAAGUACGGGUCCCUGCUGAACCAACUCCAGGGGCAGGAGCAGCAGAACGGGCCCACGCUGAAGCUGGCCAACCGCAUCUACGUCAACGAUCAGUUCAGCCUGCAACCGGAUUACAACCAGGCUGUGCGGGAUCCCUUCAAGGCCGAGGCGGAGUCCAUCAGCCUGGUCAAUGGCCACGCGGCCGCCGAGGCCAUCAACCAGUGGGUGCUCAGCCAGACCAGCGGCCAGAUCAAGGACAUGAUCGAUCCCGGUAGCAUGACGCCCGACGUCAAGGCCCUGCUGGUGAACGCCAUCUAUUUCAAGGGUCAGUGGGAGUCCAAGUUUGAUCCAGAUAAAACGAGAUCCUCCACCUUUCAAGUGAGCGCCGACAAGAAUGUGACCGUCCCCAUGAUGGUGCAGAUGGGGACUUUCAGGGCAAACUACUUCCGCGACCUGGACGCCCAUGUAAUCGAUCUGCCGUACCAGAACUCCAACCUGUACAUGACCAUCUUUCUGCCCCGCGAAGUCGGAGGCCUGGGUGCUCUGGAGGAGAAGAUCGCUGGAUUCGCCCGGCCGCUGGAGGCCAGGGAGGUGUAUGUGAAGCUGCCCAAGUUCAAAAUCGAGUUUCGUGACGAACUUAAAGAGACCUUAGAGAAGCUGGGCAUCCGAGAGCUUUUCACCGACAGUUCAGACCUAAGCGGCUUGUUCGGCGAUAAGUCAGGCGGAAAAGUCAGCCAGGUCUCGCACAAGGCGUUCCUGGAGGUGAACGAGGAGGGGGCAGAGGCCGCGGCUGCCACAUCUGUGGCCGUCACGAAUCGAGCGGGCUUCUCCAUGUCCUUCGUGGCCGAUCACCCCUUUGCCUUUGUCAUCCGCGAUGCGAGCACCAUCUUCUUCCAGGGACGCCUGGUUAGCCCUUAAAUAGAUGGAAUUAAUUAAAUGUCUGAACUGUAUUAUAAGAUAAAAACGUGAAUUUAAACAUAGGUUAAAAGUACUUCAAAAAUUGAUUUCACAUCUACCGGAUGAGUGACUAACAAACGCUAAAUCUUGGAAUAUAGUAUAAUAACUAAUCAAUCAUGCGGCAGCUCAGCAGAGUAAUUCAGAGCUUUAUAUACAACAGUUGUCAGAUGGGAGAUUCAUCCUCCUUUGAUGUAUUUCAAUUUGUAAGCAUGAUCAACCACAUAAUUAGCUGCGAGUGACCUUAUUUGUCCUUUUUUGACUACUCCCAUCGUUGUGGAAUAUUAGAAAAAUGUUGUAAACGGUUAUAAAAAAAUGGAAAUACCCCGGAAAUAUACACAGGGUUUGCAUGAUACAAAGUA